AUGUCGCAACAAAUGGAUAUGAAAAUGAAUUUCUACAGAAAUCUUUCGCCGAGCGUUUAUGAAACGCCGGCCCGAGACAAAGAACGGUCCCUAAUGUUCACGGACGAAGAAUAUUCCAAUCAAAUUCAAAUGAUAAAAGGUAUUAAACAGACUGUGCGGAAAAUUGGUGCCUGCGAAUCGUUGUUCUCUUACAAACUUGAUGUGGCUACCGUGAACGGCAGGGACCGGCUGAUACUUCAUGCCAACGAUGAUUCGGACAGUUAUACCGUCUACGUGCCGACCAGCGAGAUGUUCGAUACAAUCCACGAGCACCAUUUGGCCACGGGACACGGAGUACCGCGGAUUCCGGAACUGUACCACGUGUUGAAUACUAAUUUCGCCAAUAUAACAGAAGGGGCUGUUGGGCUAUACUUGAAACUUUGCGUGACGUGCAGCAAACGAAAAUACGUGGACAGCAAAACCACGGACCCGUGGUCGAAAUUUACGUGCGAAGACUUGGCGCCAAAAAAAUCACGUGGUAUACUGGACAUUAUCGACAUGCGAAAUGAAAAAUCGAAAAAAUAUCAGUACAUCAUGUGCUAUACGGUAAGCUCGACCAAUUUCGUCUUUUUAAAACCGCUGAAAACUACAUGUGAAAAGGAAGUAGCGUCCCGCUUGAUAGACGCCUUUGCAGUUUUUGGUACACCAAUCAUCUUGAAUUCGACGGUGGACUCUAUCGAAUUUAAUGACCGCUUAAUAAACACAUUAUAUGAGAAAUGGCCAGAUGCGAAAGUGGUGCGCGGUAGACCAACAGAGCAUAUUACGGAAACCGUGAUGAAACAGAAGCUGAAAUUACAUAAGUUAAUGCAGAUGUGGAUGUGGGAAACCCACAGCAACAGCAGCGAAUGGCCGAAUAGUUUAAACUGGGUACAGUUUCGAAUGAAUAGUAACCCUGAUAUGUCGUGUAAGUAUUUUUAGUAUAUUAUAAAUUAUACACAAUUAAGCAAAACCCAAAAUAAACGUAGAAAAAAUGGGACAAAUAUCUUUUUUUUUUUUUUGUAGCCAUGGAAUUUACUCCAUUUGAGAUGAUGUUUGGUCAAUCACCGUUCCUCGGAUUAUCUUCUGCCAAAAUUGAUAACCAAAACUCGUCGAACUAUCAUUACGAAGAAGAUAUCAGUGAUAUUCUCAAAUAUUACGCAGGUGGAAGCACGAAUAUAAGAAAUAAAGAAUAUUCAGUCAAACCCAAUCCAUUACCAGCAGGUAGUAUAUUUUCCAGUUUUUCUUACGUUUUAUCUUGGUUUUUUCUGACAUUAUGAAAACUAUUUGGAAAAUAAAAAAAUUAACUUCCUAAAGUACCAUCUAGCCAAUAUGACAAAAUUUUCUUUACAAAAUGUGCUACACUUACACUUGAGUGUAACAAAAUAUUAAGUCAAAAUUUCUGGUAAACAUUUUUGUCACUGUGUAAAAAAAAAACAUCCAAUAGGUACAUUCUCCGUUUUAUACACAGAAUCUAAAAUUUAAACUAAAUUAAUUAUUUCCAAUUUUGAUUCUAAAAAUAUAUUAUUUUAUUAUAUUUUGCAAAUUGAUUGUUUCCGCUUAGUUUUUCAUAAUUUUAUCUCACCCUUGAGAGAAUAUUUAUUAAAAUAUAUAAAAAAAGAAAUGUUUCAUUCUUGUUUCAAUUAAAGUGUUUACAAGAUCCGGAAUCUUCUUUAUGACGUUUAGAACUAGUUGUAUUUGUACUUAUUUGUACUUAAGAAUUAUUGAUAUUUUGUAUAACAAAAAAAUAUGGGAGAAUAUGGCUUAUGGGAGGGAGAGAAAUCGCCCCCUCACCCUCCCCCCCCACGGGUACGCGUCUGGAACUAUUUGCCUAAGUGAUCGAUCUGGUGGUAAAAUGACCUGGCGGGAUAUUGAUUGUAGCGAAAAAACCAACGGUGUUACAGUGGCGGUGAAAUUGUCCUUAUAAUAAAAUUUAAUUUUGUAUAGACAAUGAUUCUGGAGAUCAAAACAGCACGGUACCAUCGAAAAUAUUGGCCGCGAAUCCGGUGCCGAUUUUUAAGCGACCGAUGGACCCAGUUGUUGCCAGACGGUCGAAGAAAUCGGACGGCGAAAUUGCGACCGGAACUAGAGUCCUGAUCUCGGCUUUACAAAAAUGUGUACUUAAACUGAACCCAGGCACUUUAUUGACAACUAUUGUCAUAGAGUGCCGAGGGAAUCUUUAUAUGUUAGGUCAGUACCUAUAAAAAUCAAGUUAAAAAUUAUAAGUUUAUAGUUUUAAGUCAAAUUGUUUGAUUAAAAUUUAAUUUGACAAUAAUUAGAAAAAAAUCAAUAGAAUGUUUGAAAAUUCCUUUGAUAAACACAAUUUAUUAGUUAUUUAUAAAAAUGUAUUAUUCGUAUAAAAAUUGUACUUUUGUUUGAAUGCAUUUAUAUUUUAAAAUAAACUUUAACUUAGCUUCGUUAUUUUAUUUUAGUACAACUUAACUAUUUAAAAAUGUUUUUAAAAAAUCGAUUAAUUUUCACGAGGCUUUGAAAUAAAUAUUAUAAUAUCUUUGUUUAGUUAGGUACAAUAUUAAUAUUAAUAAUAUUUUAUGUUUUGCAGGUACCGAAAAAGGCUUAAUUAAUUUCAAGUUCCAUCGUAAACAUUUAACCCCGUGUAACAUCGAUACUUCAAUUUGCGUAAAACGGUCCAAAAUCAUAUCAUUGCACGACGCCUUUGGAGCGAAAGCGUGUCCAAAGGGCACUCGAGUGGCUAAGUGCGAAACCGCCGAAUGUAUUUGUCAAAUGAUAGAAAGAUCUUGUAACUAUAAAAGCCACGGUAUGAUUCCUUCGUGUUCCACCAACUAACCUAACGUUUGAUUUUAAUAUUUUUUUUAUUCAGUAUAAGGUCAAACAUUUUUUUUCAUUUUUAAAAUCAUUUGUUUGUAAUUUUAUUUUCUAUUUUAUUUUAUUCUAAUAAUAUACCUUGUUCCCUAUGUAUUUUUAGAAUAUUUUAGAAUACAUCGUACUUACAUUUAUUUUUUUAUUUUUACUAUUAUUAAUUUUUUUAACGAUAUAACUGUAUGCAUGUGUACCUAUAUAUAUUAUGUAUAUAAUACUGUAAAACUGUAUAAAUAAAUAACAUUAAUAAUUUAUCGAUGUAUGAACUGAAUGUGUAUUUUGAUAAAACAAUAAAAUGUUCUAUAAUUGUAUUUAAUAUUAUAUGUUGAUUAUUAUUUGUAUCGAUAAGUAUUGAAAAGGGACCGAGAAAUCAGUGUCAAAAUGACGCCAUCCCCCUAUUUAAAAAAAUUAAAAAAAACAAAACAAAACAAAACCUAAAAAUAAAUGUACACACAAAUUCACAUAGUGUAGUAAUUUUUUGCCCGAAACUAUAUUUACGACGUAAAUUCUGCGUCCGGUGCACAUCGUGAAUUUCUCACGCCUGCACCUUGGGUUCGUUCGCUGUCGUGUAAUAUUAAAAAACAGUGUGGUCAAUACGAAAUUGUGUUAAUCUGAGAAAUCAAAUACAAUGUUCUUCAAUCUGAUACAGCUGCGAGCAAUAUAUUAUCUGUUGUAUACUCGUGUACUUAUAUACUUAUAUUGUAUAAUAUAAUAGCGUACAACAUGAAUGGUAUGCCGAUAAGACGUUUUUAACGUGGCCUGGAGAGACGAACAUAUGGUAUGGUUUCAUUUACAAUAGUAUAAAAUGUCUUGGGUACAUUUUUUUUUUUUCUUAUAAAAUAUACAUUCCUACGACCCCGAAAGAGGGUAAUAAAAAUAAACGUUUUAACAAUCGGAACAAAAGACCGUAGAAAUGUAUUAAUCUGAAGGUUAUCUUUGACGUCGGGUACGACGGUUUCUCUGCCUACAUAAAUUAUCGAAAUACGACCCUAUUUCGACCAUCCCUGUGGCGUCGUUUAAAAUCAUCCAUCCGUAAAAUCUGUAGCUGUACACGUGUGCAGGUACCUGCAGUUAUGUGAAAACCUAUAUUCGGUGUGCCUAUACAAAAAGAACGGAGGCAACUUAGUGACACUUAUUCGAUUUCUCUUACCUGUAGUGUUUAUAUUAUAUCUACAGGGUGAUUCACUAAAUGUACUUACCCCAUUUUUUUUUUUUUGUUAAAUUUUUCAUAUAUUAAAAUCUGAUUUUUGGUAUUUUUAAGUGUAUUUAAAACAGAUAUUUUCGAAUACAUAGAUUUUUCAACAUUUAAAGAGUAUCCUAUGACGAUACCAACUUUGUUUUUUCAAAUGACAGUCUAUAUUAAAAAUAAUAAAAUAAUAAAGUAAAAACAAAAUUAUUAAAAUGGUUAAUAUUUUAUCUAUGUUAAAAACUCCAUAAAUAAAUGAAGUAUUAUUUAAAACAGAUUUUGGUGUUGAAAUUUUUAAUUUCCGUCGAUCCAUUUAUAAGAUAUUCCACUUUUAAGUUUUGAUCAGAGGAGAGUGGUACAUUAUUAAAACGCCGCACGUCGUGCCGCAACGCAAAUAACGCUCCACUACUCUUUCCGAACUCGAACUUAAAAAUGGAAUAUUUUGUCAAUGGAUUAGUGGAUGUUAAAAAUGUCAACACCAAAAUUUAUUUUAACUAAUAAUCCAUCUAUUUAUGGGAUUUUUAAUAUAGGUUGCCUUUUGAAAAUCAAAAGUAGGUGGUUGUUUCACCCCUAAAAAUUAGGGCGACAAAAAAUAAUGUAAAUAUAAAAUCGUGGAACAUUUUAUUUUUCAAAUGUUCUAGAAAAUAAAUUCUAGAAAAAGUUACUACUUUACAAGAUUAUAUGUGUACCUAUUUAAAUGAAUCGCCCUGUAUAUAUUUUUUAUUUAAUAAAUAAAUUUACGAUUAUUAACUAUUUUAAUAAUUUUGUUUUUAUUUUAUUAUUUUAUUAUUUAAUAAAAAAAUAUUAUUUUCUUUAAUAGUAUUUGUUUAAUGUACUGAUUUUUCCGUUUUUACCGGUUUUUCCAUAUUUUUCCUGAUUUUUCACAUUUGCUGAGAAAAUUCUUAAAAAAACUCAAUAAACUGCCUCCCUAAAGUACCUUCCAAGUCAGAUUUCCUUUCAUAAUAAGUGCUAUCAUUGUAAAGCGGAGCAAAAUUGCUGUAGAAAAGUUGUUCACAGGAAAAAAACCGUAAUAUUUUUAACCAAUAACUAAAUUUUUCACAUUUCCCCAUGUUUCUUCAUUUUUUUUUUGGUUUUUCACAUUUUAUGAGAAAACUCCUGAGAAAAACGAAAAAGGACCUCUCUAAAGUAACAUCUUUUAAAAAACCAUAAGUUUCUUUGCUCCAAUCAGAAUCUAAAAGUAAUGAUCUGGUGACGGGUGCGGCCAUUGUAGAUAGGUAGUUAGGAAGGAAGGAUACACAAUGUUAUUUAUUAUACCUGGAAUAUAAUAUUUAAGAUUUUCGUCAAAAAUAAAUAUUUACUCUUAAAAAAAAAAAAAAAAAUACGUACAUUAACUUGUAAUGAACAUCUUGUCAAAUUUUCAAUUAUUCCUGUUCAGUCUAACAAUUUUAUCCACAUAUUACCAACCAAAUAAUAAUUACUUAUAAAAAAAAUCGCCAGAUAAAAUGUCCAUUAAUGGCUCAACAAUUUUAAAAAUUUUACCCCAUCUAAAAAAUAAUGUAAAUACAUAGAAGUUCUUUUUUUAAUAUAAUAUAAUAUUUAAUUCUUUUGAUAAACCUUCCUUAACUAUGUAUCUUAUCAUUUUUUUAUAGUAACAUAAUAUUUUUCGUGAAUUUCCCCCUUCAGUUGCGUUUUACACACUAAACAGGCAAAUCGUAUGUUUUACUCUCGUAGUUCGCAAAAUAGUACUGUUUCAGUUAUUUUAAAUUCGGAGCGUGUGCCCACUGUGCAAAGAACGGUUCCUUUAACUUAUCAGUGGCUUUCCGAUGGAAUUUUUAAACAUUAUUAUGAAACUUUGUAGCGUGUAUAAAAAUUAAUUUGGGGGGGGGAGUUAUAAAUAAAGCUUUUAGGUUUUAAUUAAUACAUAGAUUAACAAAUAGAUUUAAUUCAUAAAUACGAACAUGUGCCGUACCAACCGUACAUUUCAGAGGGGGUGUUGAAACCUCAAAACCCUCCCUAUAUAAGCUACUGAUUAAAUUUACCUAGAAGUUCUAAAUACAUUCCAGAAACGCAAUGUGUCAAGUUCCAUGCACCUAGAUAUUAUAUUACAUAUUACUGUAUGUGUGUCUGUGAACAACUUUUCUACCAAAAAAAGUAUUAACCUUUAUUGAGAGGUAAUUUUCUCUCGUUGAUGCAUUAAAGAGAUAAUUUUUUGAUUUUUCAGAGUUUUUGAAACAAUUAGGAAAAACCCGAAAGAAAAUGAUAGGUAAAAGAGAAAUAUUUACGGCGCGCCACGGUGUUACCGUUUUCAUUGUAUUAUUUUAAUCGAAAAAUGAUAAGAGAUUGAUUUUGUUCCUUAUAUUUUGCCACUAAUAGAGUAAAAAUCAUUUUACGAUAUCCAAAAUAUUUUUCCAAAUAAUGUUGAAAAACCAAUAAAUUAAAAUUGAUUAAUACGAGUAUUUAUGGCAAUAUAGUAUCCCGGUUUAAUUAUUUUAAUAUGUUCAACUUAUGUUUUCUACCAGAAUUAUUACUCCAAUCUAAAAAGACAAGAAAUCGGUUUUUUUACCUUUAACACGUAGCCACUGAAAGAGUAAAACGUUUUUUUUUAUAUCUAAAUUAUUUUUCAAACAUAUAAAUAUUACUCCAAUAUAAAAAUAUCAAGCGAUCUUUUUUUUAUUUAAAUUUUAAUCUAGUUGAUAACCAAGAUAAUCGUUUUUUUAAUUUUUUUUUAGCAUUUUUAUUUUUAGUGAUGCUUUUUUAAUAAUAUUCAUGUCAUAUUAUGGUAAAAUAAUUACAUAUGCACUAUAUAUUUUCUUUAAUAAUAUUUUUUUAUUAUUGUACUUAUUUCCCCGUUUUUUCCUUUGACUGGGAAAACUCCUGGAAAAAUCAAGAAACAAGUUCCCUAAAGUACCUCUUCAGUCAAAUUUCAAAAAAGUGCUAUCAUCGAAAAUCGGAACAAAAUUGCUGGUAGAAAAGUUGUAUACAGAAAAAAAAUAAACCGCAUUGCAGUAAAACCAAUAUAUUCCUUGCUUCACUCAUAAUCUAAAUUUAAUAAAUAAAAUCUAAAACUUGAAAAAGCUGAGAAACACAAAAAUUAUGAUUUUGAUUUAGAGAGUGAUAAAGAAAAGGAAGGGAAAACUACUGUCUUAGAAGGAAGAAGUAAAUUAAGUGAAAGUAAGAAAGAACCAACUAAUACGGUCAAAACAAAUUUUGGAGGUGGAAUAAAAGACAAAUAUUAG